GCCCAGAUGUCGGCGCCGUCUCCGCAGCGCCGACCGCGGUCGGGUCGGCCCGAGCGGGGUGGCUCAGAGUCUCAGCAAUCGCCUCUCGGGGUGCCGGAGCUGGGGCGGACACCGCGGGGCAGCCCGAGCGGCUCCGCCGGUCAGUUCGGACGGCGGUCGCCUGCCGGGGACAUGAUCCAUGAAGGCGACUCUGCGGUUCUGACGGCGACAGGGGACGCACAUUGGGACACGGCGGCAACUGCAGACGAGUUCGGCGCCGUGCCAGCCUCGUCCGGACCGUCACUCGCGCGCGAAGGCCGUCAGGUGGGAGUGGUGACAACGAUGUUGACCGUCGGUAGUCCGAAUCACACCUCCGACGAGUCGUGCGACAUUUUCUGGAACGAUUUCGAAGAGGUCCUUCAAGCGGCAGAUAGCGAGCACGGAGGUCCUGUGCCGAGGCCUGGAGAUCAAAUCCAGCCAACAUCUGGUGGGCGUCGACCGGACGGCGCGUUGGGUGUGAGCCCCCACACGGCGGGGGAGCCGCAUGCGGAACACCAAGGCACGUUCGGCAGCCCGAGGAACCAGGCUGGUCCGCUGCCGGGUCACGGGCUUGUAAUGGCGGCGGAGACCGGGCCCUCGUCUGUCGCUAGACGCUUAGUGGAGACUGAGCCGACAGAGGAAGAUGAGGCCCUGGAUGAUGCUGAGCCGUCAGAUGAAGUGGAACACUCAGACAAAGGUGGCCCUUCAGACGGAGGUGGCCCUCCAGACGGAGCGGGACCCUCAGACGGAGCGGGACCCUCAGACGGAGCUGGACCCUCAGACGGAGCUGGGCCCUCAGACGGAGCUGGACCCUCAGACGGAGCUGGACCCUCAGGCGGAGCUGGGCCUUCAGACGGAGCUGGAUCCUCAGAUGGACCGGGGCCCUCAGACGGACCUGUACGCUCAGGUGGAGCUGAAUCCCCAGAUGGACCUGGGCCCUCAGACGGUCCUGUACGCUCAGAUGGAGCUUGGCCCUCAGACGGACCUGUACGCUCAGCUGGAACUGGGCCCUCAGACGGACCUGUAUGCUCAGAUGGAGCUGGAUCCUCAGACGGAACUGAACGAUCAAAUGGUGAGCGAUCGUGUGAAGCAAGAUAUUCAGCCGGGGCUGGGUCGUCAGAAGGAACUGGACCCUCAGAUGAAACUGUGCCACCAGAAGUCCUGCCCUCAGACGGAGCUGAACCAUCAGGCGAAGAAGGGGCCUCGGGCGGAGCCGGAGAUGCGCCCAGAAAUGCUCCAUCUGAUACAGCUGAACGCUCGGUCGCGUGUGGACCGUCAGGUGGAGCGAGAUUAAACGACCCGGAUUUUCCGAUGUCGCUUGAAGGCCCCUCCUUUCGAGAAAAGCUGACGAAUGCGGAGGUAGCUGUGACGUCACACGUGGCUGGGGA